CGCUCACUCUCCGGCAGCGGCGGCGGCACGGGGCGUGGGGGGAGGCGAGACCAUCCAGCACCCGUGGAGGGGAGGAGAGAGAAACCACCCUACCGUGAAAGCAGAACAUUACCCUGCAAAGAGGGUAGUAGAAGACGCAGAAAGAUAAAGGAAAUUAGAGAUGCUGCAAGGCCCAAGUCCAGCCUGGAGCCCCUCCCGCGCAGCUCGUCUUACAGAUCUGUGGCCUCUGCUCCCCUCCCUAAACCUAUGGCUGACCAACAAUUUCAGCUGGGGCACCAUGGACCCCAGGGGGCCAGCCCCCAAGCCUUUCCAGCGGCCUGAGAAACCUGGUCGUGUCCGCCGUCGGAAGACCAGGCGGGAGCUUAACGAGGCCCUGGCGGGCAGUCGCCGGCCAUUGGCCCAUCAGGAUCCUCCCGUGGCCAGUCGGGAUCCACAUGUGGUCCUCCGGAAUUCUGUGGCGCCUACUGCCCCCAAGCUCGUGGUCAUAACCCAGGGGCGCCUGAGCCGGGAGCACCGGGGUCUCUUCAACCACGAGGUGAAAUCUCUGGACGUGGCACGGCUGCUUAGCAGUGGGUCCCUGGAGUCAGGCACCCCUGCACUCCCCACCAAGUCCUCCCCAAGCCCAGGCAGGGCCCAAGAACCAGCCCCACCGUCAAGGGGCAAGGAAAACCAGGUGCCUGGAGCCUCGGGCCCAGGCCCACCUAGUCCCCCCCAGCUCCCUGGCUUGGGGCAGCUGCUGGGGGAGCUGCAAUGCCAGCUGAUUCUGCCACAGGCCUUCCCCAGGAGGAACCUAGUACAAGAGGCCAGGGAUGCCAUCGUGGGCACCUUACAGGCCUGCCAUGGCUGUGUGCCUGACCUUACUCUGGUGCUCCGGGGCUGCCAGCCACACUUGCCAGGGACCAAGCCUAGGGGCUCUGAGAGACAAAGGAUGACACCCUCCUGGAUCAACAACCCUGAGGAGGCCCCAGGGGAGGGGAGGCAGAGGAGGCGAGAGGGGACAAAGGAGCUCACCUUCGCCAUGUCUCACACCGCCAGCACUUCUACUGUGUACCGGGUGAACCUGGCACCACCUAAAGGUCCCUGGCCACCCCCAUUGUCCCCGUUGCCUUCGCCAUCUGGGGCGGCCUGCGGCCCCCCAACAGCCUUUGAUCUGCUGAAAAGCAUCUGGCUGGUAGACACACCUCCCCCUCCCCGGCCCUGGGGGAUUGGCCCACCACAACCCCUGCCUCAGCCACCAUCACCCUUGUUGUCCCGAACCUCUGCCCUGGAUUGGAGCCCCAGCCCCCCUGCCCCACUGCCCAGCCUCUCCUGGGUGGUGGCCCAGAGCAGCCCAGAGGCCUGGUGCUUUCCACCCAUGAGACUGUACUGAGCAGGCUGAGGCUGG